CGCAUAGAUAGAAUCCAAAAAGAAGUCCAGUUUGUUCGUUUCUCCUCAGCCUUCAACUUUCUUCUUUCCGGCGAAUCUCGACUGUGUCUGACAAUGGCGAUGGUGGCGAAGAUAGGCCUCAUACUACUGUUUUUAUAUCGUAUUCAAUUUAGUUCCUCCGCUGAACAACCGUUUGACGUUCGUCAACACCUGGCUACCGUAACACGAUAUGGCGUUUCAAAAGACAUAAAAGAAAAUCCGUUUGUUUCAUCAAACAUCCCUGAUCAAUGUUCUCCUAUCCACCUAAAUCUUGUGGCAAGGCACGGGACACGUGCACCUACCAAGAAAAGGAUGAAAGACCUGGAAAAUUUUUCAGCUCAACUGAAAUCUCUUUUGAAAAAUGCAAAAGAAAGAGGGGCAUCUUUGGAAAAACUUCCUUCCUGGUUGUGGGAAUGGAGGUCUCCAUGGAAGGGGAAAACCAAAGGUGGAGAACUAAUAAGUCAAGGAGAAGAUGAAAUGUAUAAUCUUGGAAUCAGAAUCAGGGAACGGUUUCAAGACUUGUUUAGUGACGAAUAUCACCAUGAUGUAUAUCAGAUUAGAGCAUCCCAGAUUCCCAGAGCUUCAGCUAGUGCUGUUUCAUUUGGAAUGGGCAUGUUUAGUGGGAGAGGAGAACUUGGAGUAGGAAAGCAUCGAGCUUUUGCAGUUUUGAGUGAAAGUCGUGCGAGUGAUAUAAUGUUGAGAUUUCAUGAUUGUUGUAAGAACUACAAGGCUUAUAGGAAACAACAGGAACCUGCUGUUCAUAAGCUUAAAGAACCUGUAUUAGAAGAGAUAACACAUUCAUUAGCAGCACGUUAUGGGCUUAAUUUCACAAUGAAAGAUACCACCACACUUUGGUUUUUAUGCAAGCAGGAAGCAUCAUUGUUAGACAUAACUGAUCAAGCUUGUGGUCUUUUCACUAAUGAUGAGGUGAGUUUAUUAGAGUGGACAGAUGAUUUGGAAAUGUUCAUAGUAAAGGGUUAUGGAAAUGCAUUAAAUUAUCGAAUGGGAGUGCCAUUGCUGCAAGAUGUAAUAUUGUCCAUGGAGCACGCGAUUAAAGCAAAAGAAGAAGGGUAUGCACCAGGGAGUUAUGAAAAGGCAACGUUAAGGUUUGCACAUGCAGAGACAUUGGUUCCUUUUUCAUGUUUGAUUGGACUCUUUCUUGAAGGAUCUGAGUUUGAACAAAUACAAAGAGAAGAGCCGUUGAAAUACCCCCCAAAACCCCCAGAGAAAAGAACAUGGAGGGGAAGCACAGUGGCUCCUUUUGCUGGGAAUAAUGUUUUAGUUUUAUACAGCUGUUCCGGAAAUAACACAAAUAAAUAUUUCAUGCAAGUUUUACACAAUGAACAACCAAUCCCAAUGGCUGGAUGUGGGGGUACUGAUUUCUGUCCAUUUGAAGUUUUCAAGGAGAAAAUAGCAGCGCCACAUUUGAAGCACAGUUAUGAUGACCUAUGCAACGCAAAGGUGCAAGAGCCGGAAUGUAAGUCAUAUACGAGUAAAAUAACCGAAAUAUUCGGUUCGAUUUUCUCGGGAAAAACCAACAACGAUGAAACAUCAUCACAGAAAGAAGAACUAUAAUAAAUUAAUUAUAAACAGAUCACUUUUCUUUGCAUUUAUUACUCAACUUUUGAAACUGGCAUCGGCAUGUUUUUUGUGGGACCAUGUAACUAGUCAAGGUUUUAGCUUGUAUGCCGGGAGUUUUAGGCUAGGGACUAAUCUAAUCCAAGAUUCAUACUUCUUUUUUUGGAAUAUUAUGAUUUUAUAUUUACAUUUUGAAUUUGAU